GUGGUUGCUUUUUGCGGACCGAAUACGCGGAUUAUUAAAUCUUAAUGUAGAUCCGGGAUCGAUUUCGUUUGAAAAAAAGAUCGCGCGCAUUUCUUCAAGUUGUUGUUUCUAGAUUUUUAUGUGUGAUUUAAUGAUUUGCGAUAAAACAUGAGUGUCUAAUUGUGAUAAAUUAAUCGCGUCAAAUUUUUUAAUCCCCUGAUUUCUCCGACGAAAUUUCUCUGUAAUUCUUAAUCCGUGAUUAUCAGUGAUUAUCAGUGAUUUUUUCAGAAUAUCAGUAUAUCUUUUGAAUUAUUCUUUGGAAUCAAAUCUCUCGAGGUGCAAAUAUUUGGAGUAAAUUACCAUGCGAUUUUAAAAGAAUCAUGGAAAAGAACAUUACUGUCUUUAAUCUAUAAGUUUUUAAAUUUAUUAAUCAUUAUCUGUUUAUUCUGAAAUUUGCUGGGAUUUUUCUUCAAAAAUCAAAAAUUUCGAAAAAAAUUUUUAGCAAAAAGGACCUUUUUAAAGGAGACCACGAAUAUUAACACGAUAAUACACAUUCCUCUAAUUAAUCGAUUAUCUUUAUUUUAAAAUUUUUGUCGAAUUUUAUAUUUUUCGCGAUCAAGAUUUUAGAGCAAAAUUUCGGAUAAGUUUUCACGUCAAAAGGAAUUUUUCGAAAAAGAAUCAUGAGAAGCAACAAUGGCGAACCUUAAAGAAUCCGUAGAUCCGAAACGCAACCAAGCGCAUGGAAAACCUUGUCAGGAACACGGCGAGGAGGACUGUCCAAGCGAGAACGAACGCGAAUUCGAAUCGUUGGAAUACGAAGAGGAUGUAUAUUAUUCGAAGCUGACGACGACACCGAGCUUCGAUGAUAUCGACGAGGUCGAUGACGAGGAGGUAGACGAACUGGUGGUUCAUUGCUGGCGUGAUUCUAACGGCGAGAUCGACGAGAUUGUCGUCGACGACGGCAAUCUCUCCGUAGAAACAGAGUUUCUGCCGGAAGAAGGAUCAGGUGACGGCCGCAAGAAGAAGCGAUCGAUUCGCGUGAUCUUCCAGGAUCUUUCCAAACCUUACCUCGCCAGGAUCAGUAACAGUCAAAACUACAAGAAAUUCCUCGAGCUGGUAAAAGGAGAAGACGCUUCGCUUCACUCGGCCGAUUCUCUGUCACCCUCAUCGGAUAACGUAGCAAACGAACUUCAAGGGAGGCUCUCCUUGGAGGAGCAAGAACAACAAAGAGCCGAAUGGAGCGCUCAAUUAGCGAAAGUCGAGGAAGAGAUACAGACUCUGAGACAUGUCCUCGCCAACAAAAUUAAGGUUUCGCAGGAUCUGAAGAGGAAAUUGGGUAUCAGCGUUUGGAAAGAGCUCACCGAUGAUGUCAAUCAGGGACUCAAGAACGUCAAGGAGACCCAAGUUUAUCAGAAUGUUGGCGAGACACUCGGUCGCUUAACCAGGACGGUCUCCGGGAACAAUUUAUACCAAAAAACAGAAUCUGUUCUCAAGACCACGGCUGAAAAGACAACGAGUAUACUGGGUGGAUUUGGUAGCGGCAUUUCCAUGAAACUGGGCCAGAUGCGCAAUUCCGAUAGCUUCCGGUCCUUGGAGGAAAGGGUUGGAUCUGCUUGCGAGAAUAUUAAGACGAAAGUUGUGCCUUCGAGAUCCAAUUCGACGCAAAGUUUCGACGAGGCUCUUCGGGAGUCCGAAGCAAUGAGGCGCGCAUCCGCGGCUCCAUCGGUGACCAGCCCGACCAUUCCCGAGGACAAACUGCUCUCUUAGAACCCAAAAUUGCGCAAAAUUCGUGCGUUUCCAUCGUGCGACAUAAAGUGCUUAUAACGCGCUAUAUCACUAUUGCAUUCAUCUACUGCAAUCGCUAUAAAGGGCCAAACGACGAUGUAUCCGUGCACGUUGAAUGAAUCGAUCGAUAUUUUGCUGAAUCGAGACUUCAGAUACAAUCGUCCAAGUACUCUAUUCUCUACUCUAUCUAAUAAAAAAAUAUAUAUUUUUCUUGCACGCCCUUUCCACGCCUUUCCCUUCGCAGGAUCGCCUUUCUCUAGGUCACGUUCAGGACAUCCUUAGACAUAGCGGAAAACGUCCUUCGCGAUUUUUAUACUUACACUAAAAAACCGAUAUUUAAGAUAAUCUAUUUUCUAAACAAUUAAAUGACUAUUGAAUUUCUGUUGGUAAUUAAUUUUGAUUUAUAAAUACAUUUAUAAAACAAUUAAUGUUUGGAUUAGAGCUGAUUAUUGAUAUAUUCAUCGCGAAAAAUAUAACUUUAAACAUAAAAAUAAUUAUUAAUAAUAAAACUGUGCAAAUUUGCACUUAUUUUUGCAUAUAUUUGUAAUUUUUGGCAUUCGAAAUUUAUCGCAAAUUAUCGGUGUCCUGAAUCGAUCUGAACAGAGCUGCCAAAAGAAAAUAUUUUCAACGAUUUACGGUAAAUAACCCAUCCGUCGACAAUACUUUACACACGUAUAUAUUAAACUUCUUACUUAUGUAUGCAAACUUGAUUAGGAACCAUUCAGAACACAUAUAAUCUGUUACAAGAUAAAUCUAAUCGGAAUCUCGAGGAACAUUAUGUGAAUCUUCUUUUUUAUUUAUUUAACUAGUAAUAAUUUAAAUAAAAAAUGAUCAAAAAUUAUGUCGAAUAAAUUAUUUUUAAUGAAAUAUCUACCGAUGAAAAAUUAUAUAAAUUUUAAAUGAAUAUAACAAUUGUUGAGUAUAAUUGAAUAUAAGUUUCUUAUAUAGACAAAUCAAAUAGAAUCUAAUAAUACAAUAAAAUAAUUUGUUACAUACUAUGAAUAAUUUACUGACUGCUUUUGUAACAUAGAAAACUUAUAAAUUAUGCAAGACGAGAAAAUAUCGGAACAUUAAACAGAUCUCAUCUGAGAUACAAAAUUUUUUUAUUUCUUUAAACGAGAUAAUAUAUUAGAUACUUAAAUGAAAAAAAUAGGUUCCUCGCGAUUCUCGAUUUUAAAUGAAUAUGUUUUAGAUGUGCGGAUAAUUUUAGGGAAUUAGCAGGAAAUUUGAGAGGUAUUUUGUAUUUUAACUUAAUAAAAGAACACGCAUCGACGACGCA